GUUCGCUACGGAGCCUUACUCUCUACUUCUUGACUUUCUGAAUCGCCGUCUCGCUCUACGUAAGAGUCUACAAAAGAGCCAAGACAACGACCUCGAGUAUGUUCUCGCGUAUCUCAACGCAGUCGAUGCGAUUAGGGAUCGGAUGUAUGAUGCGAAACCAGGUCUUCAAGAAUUGCAUAAGAUCGCGAAGUUGGAGAAUGUGUAUCUCUAUGGCAGCUGGGACGAUACUGUCGAGAGACUCGAGUUCUAUAGGGAUCACACAUUGCUGAGCUGCGGUACCCCUAAUCUCUACAAAGUAAUUGCUAAUCGACUGCUUCGAAAACAGGAUCUACUUCGAAAGAAUCCUGACUCCGCUCUCUUGUAUUACACUUUGUGUCGCGUUUCGAUAGAGAAUGAUGAGAUGAUGCAAGACACGCCGGAGAGGGCUCUGAACAAGGUCUUUACAAGGCUUAAAAGUAGGCGAGGCGCUAGUCGCAAACAUGUGGAACUCGUGUUCAGCCUACAACAGACUGUACUUGAAGGGUUGGAGUAUCUCGAGGAGAAUAGACGCGAACUUCCAAUCUGGGGAAUACCUCCGUUUGAGAAUCACAAGGUCUCUUUUCAUCAGGACUAUGCUCCACCUCCUUUAAUUCAAAAACUGAUACAGGAUGAGAUGGAUCUGAUCGAUAAGAGCUUCGACACUAUUAUUGGGCAUUGGACAUCGUUGAAAGGCAAGGUAGAUCGAUAUCUCGACGUGCUUCUUCAAUUCCGUGUUCUCGAACAGCAAGAAUUGACCGUGACCCAAAGUCAUUUGGCAACGCAACAACGCACCCUAGCCAUAGACGAGGCUAGAAGCUCAAGGAUGCAAUCUAGAUCUGUCUUUUUCUUUACGGCUGUUACUAUUAUCUUCCUUCCCCUGUCCUUCUUCACGUCAUAUUUUGGGAUGAACCUCACGGACAUCGCCCACACUGUUCAUACGUCGUCAUAUUUCUGGAAGACAGCUGGGCCAGUAUCGGCGUUUACAGUUAUCUUAAUCUUUGUUCUGAUGAAAUUUUUAAACGCCGUAAAAGAUCCAGUCAUCGAUGAAGAGCAGGCUGCCUUCAUGGAUGACACACCUAGAAGACGGAUGACGUGGCGUACUCGAUGGAAGUUGACGAAACAGAAGUUCAAAAUUAGUUGAUGCCAAUAAUCAGCGUCAUUUGGCUACUAUAUAUGACCUUGUGGUGGACUCCCAAUGUACAUAUAAUUGUUCGCGUUCAAGUUCUUGAAGGGAGGGGGUAAUCGACCUCGAAUCAGGUCCUCAAUCGCCGAUCCAUAUUUUACCAGUGCAGUGUCAUUCCAUGCUGUUUGCAUGAGUCCUAAUCC